GGUCAGAACGGCGCAGUUCCUUUUCUGAUUUGGAUGUGUAAGGAUCCUUUGGCACUAGGUUAGAUUGUCGUCUCCAUUCGAGGCGAAGCAGUUGAGGUAAGCGGCAAGGUUGGACAUUGAGGGAGCACGUGGUGGUAGUGAAAAGCCUAAAGGAAAAGCACCACACAGCAACAGAGAGUCCUGGUUAAAUCGACCGUACUUACUGCGAAGAGAAACAGCGACGUGUAUGAGGAAAGCCACUCUGGCGAAAAAGAUAAAGUUUUGUGCUCAUGUUAUGUGUGCCCCACCCUGAGUGUAAGGAAAAAAUUCUGUGAGCCACACAAUUAUCCUAUUGCAGCGUUCAGCGGAUAUUUUUUCAAACAAUAAGCAAUCCUUGGCUGUGUUGGAUCAGGAUACUCAAUUAGUGCCAGUCCUAAUUUUUGAUUGACUGUUGCAAGACAGUAAUUUUCGUCAUCCAGUGAAAGAGACCGGAGAAGAUUUUUUUAUAUCGCAAAAUCAGUUGUGCUGCAGUCGUCGCCGAACACUCACACAAAAAUAGUGAAAAAAAACGUAGAAAGUGGAACAUUUUUAUAUCAAAAGCUACAUUACGCCCUUAAGCUCAUUUUUAAGUGAAUUUCUCCAACCAAUAGUUUUAACAACACACCGACAGUAUGUUGAUUGGAUUAGUCCGAGAUUCGGUUAUGCAGUGUUUCUGCCACACGUGCCGAGCACCCAUUCUGCCGGCAGUGAAUCGUCGCUCGGCACCCACAAAGAAACCGACCAAAACGCGCACCAAACAGCCGAAAUCGUCGAAGAAAGUCAAAUUCAUCACUACCGAAAUCCGUUGUCAGGAAAAAUCAAAAGGUGGCCUGUGCUAUGAAGUGAUUCUUGCUGAACCAGCCAUAAAUGUAACAGUUCCGAAACUACCGCCAACACCGGGAAAGCCCGUUUCAGCGGUGGAAAUCGAAGAAAAACUGAAGGCUGCCGAAGAAAGACGCCUUUCACUCGAAGCCAAAAAAAUGGCCGAUUGGACGGAGAAAAAGGCCAAGAUCGAGGAAGCAACUCGCAAGAAGGAUGAAUUAGAUAAAGAGUUCAAAACGCACGCAAAGGAGACGCUGGAUCAGAAAAUGGAACAAUAUGAAGAAAAGCGAGAGGCACAAAUCACUGAGUUGAAGGAAAAAUUAAAGAUGCAGGCUGCCGUAAUCGAAAAAACUCGACACAGUCUGGAACAUACGAAAUCGGAAGAGCUCAAAAUGCAGUUGGAGGAUAAACUACGAACUGCAGCCACGCUACGCGACGACAAGAUCAAGAAAAUCCUAGAUCGACUAAAGGAACAUAACACGGAAAAAUUGAAAGAAGUACGAACCACUGUAGACAUGCUUGAAUCACAGAAAUUGGAGGAGAAGACCCGUAUUAUCGAGAAUAAAUUAUCAACAGCCGAGCAGAACCGCGAGAAGGAACUCCAGAAGAAAUUGGAAAAUAUUCGCAAACACGAGCGACGCGCGGAAAUUGUGCGCCAGAACAAGGCUGCAUUAUCAACUCAAAAGGGUGAUGAAAACAGCGUCACCGCGUCCUCCGGUUAGAGUUACCCUAGUGCUAUUUUACGAGCUUCCUCCUUUUACUCCCUCACUCUUUAACAUUCUAUUCAAACAUAGCUCCUUCACAUCCUCCUUUUCAGCAAGCAAUGAUUGGUACACAAGAGAAAACAAACGAUCCCAAAUACGAAUAGUAGAAGUAGUAUGAAAGGCCAUUCAGGUAUAUAAAAAAUUAAAAAAAAAAAACAAAACAAAUGCGCGAUAUCUUUCGCAAAACUGCACGUGAAACGAUAAACACACGCUAGCGUAACAUCAAAAUACAACUGUUUAAUGCUCUAACCACCACAACACAAAAUAGAUAGAGAAACGAAACAAACACAACACUUCUUAAAAAGAGGAUACUAUAUUACUAAAUGAAAUGAAAUAUAUACUAUAUACGCCUAUCUUUGGAAAAGUUGAGAAAAAAAACCAAGCAAACUCCCGUUAUUGAAACAAGCACACUUAACACAAUGACGGUUACAACAAAAGGUCGUUUUCUUAAGCUAUCUACUAUCACAGAACAUGACACAAUAAUUAUAUAUAACAAUUAACUUUUUUUUUGCUGCCAGAUAAAACAUGCGUUGUAUUAAAACGAUUAUGAAGAAAAAAUUCGAAACGGUAUUCGUAAAAUUAUUGUAAUCUCCGUGUACCCUGGAAAUUUUGUAUAUUGCUCUAGUACCACAUAAACAAACAAAUCUCUCGUUCAAAUAUAACCGAUCGCUGUUAACCAAUUGUUAGUAUGAUAAUUCAAUAAACACAGAUGUUCUUUUUUUAUUCCAGUUUAUCGUUUUUUGUUGCCUGUCGAUAAUAGAAACGAUCAAACCGAAUACCAUAGCGUUUAUAAAUUGACAGCAAUUAUUCGAGAUAAAUUUUCAUUUUGAUUCGCAAUAUAAACCCUUCACAAAAUGCACAAUAUUCGAAACAGUAGUCUGAAACAGUCCAAAUAUAAACAACUGUACUUUGAAACUGCUCAGCCAUAACAACGCAGAAAAGACAAUUUCGAUCCAAAUGACAGGAACAUAUUUAUUAGUGAGGAGAACAGUAGUGCUAGGAUUAAACUGCAACCAAAUGUUUUGGUUCAUAUUCGAUUAUGCUUACCGGUCGAUUGAUGUUAGUUACGAAUGAGAUGGCCCGUGCAACGCAAUAGAAAGCUCGAAAACUGAGUAUGAUGAGGGUGAUUGGAGAGGUAAAUAAUUUGAAUUUUGUUGUAUGAGAGCAAAAAACAAAAUCAAAGCUACUGCAAUGACCGUCACAACCGUGUCACAAGAAAAAAUCCAACAGAAAUUGAAAUUUCAUGGAUGGUUAGUUUGCUAGAGCUAACCAUCACAAAACUAGCUCUUACACAUUCCAAGCUUCUGAAAUUGAUUGGAGUUCAAUAAUCAGUAUCGCCAAACAACUACAACGCUCCGAAAAUGUUCGAAAAAUGUCCAGCAAUUUCCGCUCGCAUUACCGCUUUCAUCAGACCAUACUAGGAGACACCAAUGAAAAGUAUUAGAAUAAAACUAGACCAAGAUAAGAUUUGGGUAAAGAAAUGUAAUCCUUGCUCCAGAACAUCAUUGUCAAAACACCUAUUUUUGAACAACUUUGUACUCGAGAUCAAUUGUUUCCAUAUUUCUGUUGUAUAAUUUUCUUAUUUUUUUUUUUUGUAACCCUGAUGCUGAUGCUGGUGUCCAUGGAGUUCAACUGAAGCCACGUUUUAAAAUGAUCUCGAAUAAAUGUCUGUGAAAGAAAAAAUCAAAGGACAUAAUUUUUUUUUAUCUGAAAAAUACAAAAAAUGCUUAUGCCUUUCAUAUGUUGUUAAUGACUGACCAUAAUCACAAAAACAAUGCAAUAGUUGUUGAAAUUUUCCUCAUCUUUUUCCUGAUUAUUUGAACUAACGAGGCGAAAAGACAUUGUGAGUCAAUUUUGUAGAAGACAAAGGCUUAAGGAAAGCAUAAUUCGAUACAGAUAUUACUUCACGAAGUUCUUAAUUUUAAGCCCCUUCAAAUAUUGAAUUACUACGAAGUAUUAACAAAAAUCGUCAUAUAAAAACUUACAAAAAGAACAAAAUAUAUACUUACAUUCAUAUUAUCGCCUCUGUGCCGCCUUUUUGCAUUCAACUGUACUACUAAUUAAAGCAUAACUGUAAUUACAUGUUAAGAAAAGUACACGCAUUUAAAUUUGAAAUAGUUACUGAACCUCCUCUUGGGUUGCGUGAAAAAAUAACAAUUUUGUUUUAUACAUAUAUAAUACGUGUAAGCUAUAAUUUGUGCUUUCCAAAAGAAUUGAAAUGAUGCCAGGUAUGAUUAGCAGUACUGUGUGGAACUGAUAAUAAUGGAAUUGGAACGUAAAAUGCAAAAAGCACCAUAAAAUCAGCAAACUAGAGUUAAACAGCAGAUAAAAAAAACUAGGAAAUGAACGUGCUAAAUUUUUAAGUAAAUUGCUGCCUUCUGAAACGUUACCCGCGUCCUAAUGAAUUGGUCCAAUAUAUUAUUUUCCAUUUAACGUUUUUUUAACGCUUGAGCAAAUUUUGCUUCGCCGGAUUUUUUUAAAAUAAAACCAAUAAUGAUAAAAACGAGUUCAAGAAAAAAAGAGUUCUGUUUUUAAAUCACGUCUGUCCAGAAAAGGACAAUAAUAAUCUUUAUUUGGAAUCACUACGUUCAAAUUCCAACUGAAAGGUUUAAACAUAUGAAUGAAACGUAAUGCAUUGUGCUUGGAAAACCCUUAAAUGACAGAUAAUGUCUUGAAAUAGCUCAAAUACAGUGUAAGAAUUGAUGUGCGAAUGAACGUGAAAUAUUUGUAUAAGAUAAAGGAAAACAGACUGGUUUACAGACGGUAGAACACAAAUAUUAGAUGAUGUGCUUAAAAGAAAUUAUUUUGGUAAUGCUUUUCUUCUGUUUCAAACAUGCUGAAGAACAAAAAAGAAAGAAUAAUCAACAAAAUGUUGUAAAAAAGCUAAUCAGUGGCAGCCCUUUUUAUGGUCACUCGGCAACGCAAGCAAAUAUAUAUCCACUUGAUAGGAAAAUGGCAAAUUUCUUUGAAAAAAAAGUGUAUCGAACCCUAUCUAUUGAACGCAUAUACAACUAUCAUGAUUAUCAUAUUACUAUUAUAUAGCACAAGCAAGCUUCUGUGAUGGGUUUCAUUCAUAUUAAAACAAAAAAAACAAUCAAGCGAAACAAGAUCAAAAAGAAAUCGCUGCUUAUAGUGGAACGAUAAAGGUUUACAACCAAAAUUAAAAAUAUGAAAACAGCUACAAGAUCUACUAUACCAAUGAAGGUAAAUAACAUCAGAAAAUGAAAUAAAAGAAAAAUCAAUAACAAAUGGAAUAUCAAACCGACAAUUGAUUUCAAAUAAAGACAAAAUCUAA